AUGUCUGUUGUCGAGGUCAACCAAUCACGAAACCGCCAAAACGGACCCUUGAGGAACCCACUCACAUCCUUUGACCGUAUCGCCGCAUCCGAGGCUGAAAAAUCACGGGUCGAAUCACGACGACUUGGAAGAAUAUCGCAUUAUGAUUACCAUGCACUGGUCAUUAAGGACAAGUGGAUCGUCCAUCCUGUCCAGUCCAUUGAACAAAGGGCCGCUAGGAAUCUCAAAUAA